AUGGACCAGAGUGCUUCUAUCAUUGCUGCUUUAAAUGCAGGAAAGCUGCCCAGCUCUCAGCAGGCCGGCGCGGCCUUUGAUUUGAUUCUUGACUCUAAUAUUCUCAAUGCUGAGCCCUCUGCGGACGGAGGCGAGCUCAGUGCCCAAGGCAAGGUCCUGCAGAAGGACUUGCGCGAUGUUCUAUCUGCUUACAAGCAGCUCGGCCAGAGCAAGAACGGCGAUGACCUCGUUCAAGAGUCGCUAUGGCGUCUCUCCGAAGUCGACGUUUCCUCGACAUCGACGCAGGCCCCUAUAGACAUCGACUCUGAACAAGCUCGGCAAGACUCGCAAGCCGUCGCGCGUGCUGUGCGAACUGUUGCUUCCCUCGUCUGGGAGAACCUCUCUCAGGAGGGCCGCUCUGUCUUCCACGACUUCGCCUCCUUCAUGCGACUCGCGCUUGCAGACGCCGCCGACUACGUUGCUCAUGGUGCAGAGGCUACUGCCGAGUCACUUCGACAGCUUGAUACGGAGGUCCAGGAAGGUCAGAGGAACGACCUUGGUGUCAGAAAGCGCAAGGCCGAGGACGAGGACGUGGACACGAAGGUGAAAUUUGAGAGAACCAUGGACAAGACUAAGGAUGUCGGCUCCAAGACCAUUGGAGCUGGCCAGGCUGCCCUUGCCACGGCGCAGGAAACAGCUGACCGCACGUCCUCGCGUCUCCAGGAUACAUUCUAUACAGUCUGCGAUCGCGCCCAGGACGACGAACAGUACCACUCGGCGAUUAACACCAUCUUCGACCUCGCACACAAAUGGGUGCAUCGCUCACUCGAUACAGUGGGCGAUAUCAACCGCGCAACUUCUCUUGACGAUUUCAUUGACGACCCGACCCCCGAAAAACACCUCAUCACGGCCAUCCGUGGCCUACGCACCGUCUUGGAACGCCUUGCGGGUGGGAAGUCGCUCGACGAUGUGUUUGGCGCCUUGCGCGUCUGUGGCGUCGACAUUCAGCAGGAUGAGGAGCUUCGCCAGUGGUCGGACGACUUCCUCGCGCACCUUCGCAAGUCUGUCGACGAGCGUGGCUAUGUCCGCUCCGAGGAGGCGAAGCAGAAGAGCAAGGAGCUGCGGGAACAGUGGAAGAAGAUCGUUGAUUCAGACACGGAACAGGGUCGCAAGUGGAAGAAGGACAUUGGCAAGCUCAAGGAGGAGUAUGCCACAUUCCAGCGAGCGAUGGAUCGGGACGAGGAACUGAGGAACGUGCGCCGCGCUCACACGAAGCUUGGCGGCGACUUGGAGGAGACCCUCCUCGUGGCAGGCAGCUCCGGGCUCCAGGCCACGAUGGACAAGGCCCCGUGGUUCUGGCAGGACCUGUUCAAUGUAUACCUGCCAAAAGCCGUGGGCGCUUUCAAAGAUAUCCCAAUCCCAAGAACCGAGUACAGAGAUAACGAUGUCGAGUUCGUGCUAGAGGACCUCGACAUCUCGUCCUUUAACCUUUUGCCAGGGCACGCAUACAUCCGCAAUAUCACCGAUAUCGACAUCAAGGCACCGUCUGCUGGACAGGCAGAUACCGCGGUCGGCGCGCUUACCCGGGUGUAUAUCCAGGCUCUGCAACUGGCCCUCCGCGAGGUGUCGUUCUACUACAAGGACAAGACAGCAUCCGUAGGCCCUGCUGAAUUCACAGGCUUGCUCGAGUUCACGCUUCCGCCGCAAGGAAUCGACGUUGACGUCGUCGUGCGCACGAUUCCGAACUCUCCAGAAGGGCUGAAGGAACGUGCGCGCCGAAGCCGGUUCCUGGAAAUACAGCGCGUUGACGUCCAUGUGUCGGAGGAUGUGGACCUGACGAUCCGCGAGUCGAACCACCCGAUUCUCGUGUCCGUGUUCAAGCCGGUCAUGCUCUCGCGCUUCCGCGAAGCGCUCCGGACACUUCUCGAGCAGCAGGUCCGUAGCGCUCUUGACUGGCUCGACGCGCUCGCAUGGGACGUUGGGCGACGCGCCGAGGUAUUCGGCGACGCUGGGCUUGGGCGCGGUGCGAGCCUCGUCGCGGGCUUAUGGAGCGAGCUGGGACACCUGCAGAAGGGCGAGGGUGGGCUGUUCUCGGGAUGGACGGCGACAGGUACUGGUGUGUUCAAGAGCGACCAGGAGGGUACGCAAUUUGCAAUGGGCGCGGAGCCUCAAGUGCUAUUGGGCGAGAAGCGCGGCCCCAAAGGAACGCUGUCAGACUCGAUUGCAGAGCGGUACGAUGUGGACGCGGAGAUGGAGGACGCGCGGGGCAUCGUUGAAGAGGCAGGGAAGAGCGCAAAAGCGGGCGUGCGAAAGGCGAAGUCGUUCAAGGAUAGCGUGAGCGCAAAAGCGGAGGAAGAGAAAGCGCGAGAGGGAUGGCAGAGCCCGGCGUUUGACAUUUCGGCGUGA